AAUUAUUAAGUUUUGAACUUUUUAUUUCAUUUUCGUUGGGAUUUGUCGAUUUGGGUUUCCUCUGUUUCUGUAAAAGAAAGUUCAGUUUCUUGCUUUGUUUUGUUUAUGUUGUGUUUAGUACUUAGUAUUUUGUUUGCUUCAUAGAUUUGAGAAGCAGAAAGGUUGCCCAUUUUGUAAGUGUUGUUUGUGAUUAACCCUUUGUUUGGCUGCUGAGAAAACUGGAAUUCCAGGUAAUGCAAGGGUUUUUCGCUGCAUUGAAGGCUUUCUUCUAUUGGUAUUAAUAAAUAAAAGCCUGUUUUGAUUGCUUUUUCUUUCACUUGUCUCACUAGUGAAACAGAAAACAUGAAGGAUUUUGGCAUUAGCUCGAGGAAACCUCUGAUUUCAAACAUGUAGGGAUAGAUAUGUUGGAAAACAAGGCAAGCCCAACUAUAAACAAAUCCACUGGCUUGCCUCGGAAACGAUUCUACCGAGCGCGAGCACACAGCAAUCCACUAAGUGACUCCCACUUCCCUGUUCCUCUCUCCCCAAGCCAUGUUGACUGCUCACUUCAUUACCCUCAAUUGUUCUUAUCAUCUGAUCAGAUUGAUAGUUCCAGAAAGAUUCAGUUUGCGGAUAUUGGUUGUGGUUUUGGAGGGCUUCUAAUUAGUCUUUCAACUCUUUUCCCUGAAACUCUAAUGAUUGGGAUGGAGCUUAGGGAUAAAGUGACCGAGUAUGUGAAGGAAAGGAUUUCAGGCUUGAGGGUAGCAAAUCCCGGUCAAUACCAGAAUGUGUCUGUUGUUCGGACUAAUUCGAUGAAAUACAUACCCAACUACUUUGAGAAAGGACAGCUUUCAAAGAUGUUUUUCCUAUUCCCCGAUCCUCACUUCAAAGAAAAAAAUCAUCGUCGCAGGGUAAUUAGUCCCCACUUGCUAGAUGAAUAUGCUUAUGCCCUUCAGGUUGGUGGGAUUAUAUACACAAUUACAGAUGUGGAAGAACUUGGAGAAUGGAUGAAGUCUUGUUUAGAGAAUCAUCCCAUGUUUGAAGCCCUCUUAGAGAAUGAGCUUGAAGCAGACCCUGUAGUAAAACUCUUGAGCACCGCAACCGAAGAAGGACAAAAGGUAGCUAGGAAUGGAGGACAGAAUUUCCGAGCAGUUUACAGGCGAAUUGCACCAGCUUCAUGAGAGGACAGUUGAUCUGCUCAGGCUUUAUUGAGCCUCAUUGAGCCAAUGGAUCGUUUUUCUGGUUUAGUAAUACUUGUUAUGGUAUUUUUAAGGGGGGAAAAAGAAAGAAAAGCAGAGGUAUAGCACAUUUUAGAGUUUUGUAUCUUUAAAUUUUGAGCAUUGUUUUUUUUUCUUAUUUUGAUUCUCUUGAACCUAUUGGCAUGUGAAGCCCGAUCUCAUGUUUUAAUCCUGCUAUCAAUUAUCAAGAAAAUUUUGUCCAUUUUAUUCAUUAAUCCUUUUGAGAAAAGAUGAAUAAGAGGUUCAAGGCCUUAUCCAAG